UUGCAGCUUCCAGGAUGCUUGUCAAUUGUGUUUUAAUGACUGAAAUCUCUUUUUUUAAUUAUUAAAGAGAGUAAAAAAAAAAGAGAUUUGGUUGUUUUCAGAGUUGGGAAAUUGCAUUAUAUAUACCGAGCUUGAUGACAUUCAACAACUGCUCCAGAGUACAAAAAUUCCAGUCAAGCAAAUCAAGCUGUCCACGUGGCACCAACCCAUUUGAUCAAAUGACCCAAAAUCAAACCAAGUAAUUUUUUUUUCAUCAAAGACAAUUAUAUCCCCUCGUCGUCUAUAUAUAUUCAACAGAAGCAGCACAAUGGCCACAUACGAACUUGUCUCACAGAAGCAAAAGAGUGGGUGAAAUGAAUAUGAGAAAUGUAGCAACUGUUGUGGCCAUGCUAUUAUUAGCAUUGCAUAAAACAGAGUGUGCAGUAUAUGUCGUAGGAGGUGGUGGGGGAUGGCAAAAUCCUUCUAACUCCACUCACUAUGCUUCUUGGGCUUCCUCUCACAACUUCUCCACUGGUGACAUUCUCAUGUUCAACUUUGUGACAGGAGUACAUGACGUGGCCACAGUUACUAUGGAUGCAUAUGAUAAUUGUAACACUGCAAAUCCUCUCAAUAUUAUAAACAAUGGACCAACAAAUGUAACUCUCAACACCACAGGCAUGCACUACUACAUUUGCACUUUCCCUGGCCACUGUUCUACUGGUCAAAAAUUAGCUGUUAAUGUUGGUGGUACAUCCUCCUCCCCCCCCUUGCCGCCUGGAACCACCGUCACUCCACCACCCCCACCACCUCCACCUGCCGGCUCAGCCUCAAGCAAUAUUGUUGCUAACUUCGUUUUGAUGUUUAUGUCCAUUGCUGUAGGUUUCUUGUGUUGUUAGUACUAGGAGUAAUACCGUCUCUUUCAUGUGGGUGUGUUCUAUAGUUUGUGUCGUAUCUUGGAUCAUAUAUGAACAUUAAAAUUCUUGAGUUUCAAGUUUUCAACUUCUUUCUAUUUUAUUGGAUGAUUCAUAGCUAA